AUGCCACCGCAGCAGCGCUCCCUCCCCGCGCCCGCUGCUGGCGACGGCGGCGGCCCCAUCGUCUUCUUCCACCCCGACCUCGGCAUUGGCGGCGCCGAGCGCCUCGUCGUCGACGCCGCCGUCGGCCUGCAGCAGCGCGGCCACCGCGUCGUCAUCUUCACCAACCACUGCGACCCGCGCCACUGCUUCGACGAGUGCCGCGACGGCACCCUCGACGUGCGCGUCCGCGGCGCCUGGCUCGUCCCCCCCUCGCUCUUCUCCCGCCUCGCCAUCCUCUGCGCCGUCCUUCGCCACGUCCACCUCAUCCUCCACGUCACCCUCUCGCGCGAGCUGCCAGCCCUCACGCCCCGCGCCUUUGUCGCCGACCAGCUCUCCGCCGGCCUGCCCCUGCUGCGCUGCCUCUACCGCGCCGUCCCCAUCCUCUUCUACUGCCACUUCCCCGACCUGCUGCUCGUCCAGGGCCGCCAAGGCUCCCGCGCCAAGCGCCUCUACCGCGUACCCUUUGACUUUCUCGAGCAGUGGAGCAUGGGGUUUGCGCAGGCCGUUGCUGUCAAUUCAAAUUUUACCCGUUCCGUCGUUGAGCGCACUUGGCCGCGCCUCCCUGCAAAGGUCCGCAUCGACGUCGUCUAUCCCUGCGUCGACACCGAUUCCCACGACGACGCCGACGAUGAGCUGCGCGCCGGCUGGGGCAAGACUCUCCGUGGCCAUGGCAAGCUGAUGCUCAGCAUUAACCGCUUCGAGAGGAAAAAGGACAUUGGCCUCGCCAUAAAGGCCUUUGCCGCCAUCCCCGAGCCCGAGCGCGACGGGGUCCGCCUCGUCCUCGCAGGCGGCUACGAUUCCCGCGUCUCGGAAAACGUCCAGUACCACCAGGAGCUCCGUCAGCUCGCCUCGUCGCUCCACCUCUCCCACCACUCCGUCACCAGCCCCGCGUCCCCCACCGCCCUGGCCGACGCGCUCUCCCCGACCGCCCAGGUCCUCUUCCUCCUCUCCAUCCCAAACGCCCUCAAGGCCGCCCUCCUCGCCGCGGCCCAUCUCGUCGUCUACACCCCCUCCAACGAGCACUUUGGCAUCGUGCCCCUCGAGGCCAUGCUCGCCCGCCGGCCCGUCCUCGCCGCGAACACGGGCGGGCCCGUCGAGACCGUCUGCGACCCGGCGACGGGCUGGCUGCGCGACCCGGACGACGUGCCCGCCUGGACCGCCGUCAUGCGCCGCGCCCUCGCCCUGCCCGCCGCCGACCUCGCCCGCAUGGGCUCCGACGGCGCCCGCCGCGUAAAGAACACCUUUGGCCGCGACCAGAUGGCCGACCGCCUCGAUGCCCUCGUCGCCGACAUGGUGGCCGCCAAGCCCGGCCCGCCGCCCCUGUCCAGCAGCGUGCUCAACCUCGUCUUCCUCGCCCUCCUUCUCUCCCUUGGCCUGGGCCUGGCCAGCAUGUACAAGCGCCUCACUCGGAACUAG